CAGAAUUACUCUAGGUGCUACUGGCACAGAGUUAUUUAUGUUGGAACACACUGAAUUAGGAGGAAUUUUAUUCACGCCUAAAUUUUUUCCCUAAUAAAACACCUGAAAAUUAGUGUGGCAGCACUGUGAGAGCUUGAAACACAACAAGGCAACAGCCUGGGGUCUUACAUAGUUCAGGACAAAAACUACAAGAAAUGAGUGUUUCACACAUGUUUUUGUACUAAUAUGCCCAAUUAUGUCAAUUUUGGACACCCUAUGUACACCCUGUGAAAAAAUGGUAUAUGGUUGUUUAUUAGCCCUUUUUCACACUAUUUUCACUCCAAAAACUCAUGAAGAACUAAAAAAAAUCACUUCAGAUAAGCUUCAGUGUGGAUCUUGAUCUGAAUCAGAGGCUCAGACGGAGACAGAGAAAAGCAGCUGCAGCAGGAGAGCCGGAGGUGUGAAAAGUCACACUGGGCCGCUAAAACCCGCCUCUCGGCUAUUCAGCAAGCUCAUUGGCUACAUGCCCUGUCAGUCAAACGUUUCCUCCGGCCUCAUUUUGCUCAGAAUUUACUGAAUAGAUGUGAGUCACCAGAUCCAUCGGUCUCGGCAAUGGCUGGCUGUUCCGGGUUCGGAGGCAGCGAUGAGUCACUUGAUUGGUUGAAAUGCGGUUGGGAUCGAAGGCAGAGGGUUCAGUCGCCAUUUUCUGACCGAGAUCGUGAGGAUAACAGAAAGCUUCAUGAAAUUAUGGAUAAAAAUGCAGUGAAUUAUGGAACGCGCAGCGCCACGUGGACGCGCACGGAGCCGAGCUAUUUGUGGAUUAUUUACUUAUUUCUAGACAUGUUUUGGACAAAAUAUGAUACUUGCUAGUAUUGUCUGGAUGACUACUCUUGGAUUAUGGCCGGUUUUUGUGGAUUAUUUUCAUCGUUGACCGGUAAAAGACCAUCGAAACGUAAAUUAUGCCCUUUAUGUGUCCCUUUAAACUUUUGUUGUUUGUUUUAGAAAUGUGUUUAUAUUACCCACUGUGGUAAUCACAUCUGAAAGUGGUUUAUACCGGCGGAUUCGUGAGACUCUAAGCUUUCCAUGGAUGUAUAGUGUUUCUAUCGUCCCGUUUGAAGCUAAAAAUGCUUUUGCCGUUAAACUUCAGCCGGCCAUUUUCGGCCCGAAUACGGGCCCGUGAAGCUUAAGGGGUUUCAAACUUUUCACAUUACUCAAGUCAUUUUUGAGUGACAAGCUGUGACAGGAUAUUCUUGAACCUGACUUUGGACAGCACAGCUUCUUCACCAUUCCAAGCAGUCCAUGUGGACUUCAACCAGAGAGAGCUCACUGUACAACCAAAAACAGGAAGGAACGGGAGGAUCAUCAAAAGGGAGUGAGGACCUGGACUCGCCAGUAUUUCAUCAGAUGCAAAGAAGAAUGUCUUCACUGGAUGAGAAUAUCAAGAGGAUUAUUCUCAACACUUUGCCCACUCUCUCUGUGGAGACACAGUUAGAGAUUGUUUCCACGCUUCGGACAGCUGGUGUUGAGUCUGUGGAUGACCUGAAAUAUGUCCAACAGGAGGACAUCAAAGGCCUGCUACCUGUUAUACAGCAGAGAAAAUUACUGGAGGCCUUCAAAUCUGAAACUGAGACCAUCACUUUGGAUCUCCAAGUUAUUCCCAAUGAUUCAUCAGAAUCAACUGCUUCUGCUCAGCCUAACUCCCCAUUCUCAUCCACCUCGCCCUCACUCACCAGCUCCCCCUCCUGCUCCAGCUCAUCACCACACCCACUACCAAAAGGUGUAUUUCCGCAAGACGUAACAUGGCCUGACGUAUUUGAGGUACCAUGGGACAAAAUGCCCCAGGAAAUAGUUUCAGCUAUUACAAAUGGUCGGAGACCUUCUCCCAAGUGGCGACGCCAGAUGAUCCGAGUGCUAGUGGAUGAAAUUAGAAAAUACAACACCAACCCCACUCGAUCCCAGUGCCGCACAGUUUGCCAGAGCAUCAUUAGGAAGUACCCAAAGAGUUUCGCCGACAUGACCAGAAAAGGAAUCCUCAUUGCUGGAGGCUUUACCUCACUGCUUCAGCAGGUAAAAACUCGCAUUGACAAUAUCAAUGGGGGGGGGGCUGUCAAUGAGAUCCAACAAGGGAACUAGACCUCAGCGUGGACCGACUGAUUCCUAUGCCUGCACACGAUUCCAGCCAGAGCCCCCGUCAGAAGAGACUGCCGACACAUUGGAAGAGAAACGGUACCGAAUGGAAAAUAUGUACAAGCAGGAGGGCUUGAAUGGAGGACAGAGGGCGGAGGUGAUGCAUCUGAUGGAGACUACAUACAGUCUUCAGCGUACCCAUAUAAAUCAAAUGCCAGCACCCUCCAUUGAGGAUCUAAGGAUGAAAUGGCCAUUCCUUUUUACUCAGAGAGGCAUCUAUGCUCAUUUUGAGCUGCUGACGGAUAUCAAAAUACUGCAGGCAUUGGAGCUUUCCAUGGAGGAAUGUGGACGAAUAAUUGUGGAGUACUUCAGGAGCAAAUCAAACCAGCGUGAUGUCCAAGCUAUUGUUUCCCAGGGUUUGGAUGGGGAUUUGACUCUCCAUGUAGUUCAGCUUCUCAUGGCUCAUUUUGGUGAGAGCCCAGAUGGACUGAUGAUUCAUGCCGAUGUGUCUGCCACUGCUGCAGACAUUGAGAGAAGCUUCACUCUACCAGCCAGUCCUCUGCUCAUUUUGCUUGGAAAUGAGCCCAGCACAAACAGCCAGUGGAUGAUCAGCAUCGAGGGGCACGUGGUCUGUGAGGGCAUUCAGUCAACCUUUGUGUCCGGACUGGCUGCGCUGUUUGCGGUGUUCUACAUUUUCAACCUCCAGUAUCCAGACACAGCCUCCCAAACCCUGGAAUUCCUUCAAAGACGGUUCGCCGGUAUAAAUCCUGAAAGAGGUAGCAAGGCCACCUAUGGAAAGGUCAUCUCCAAGAGGACUGGCAAGGUGGUUCAGAAAAGGGCAGAAAGUGUCAACCCGCAUGUUGCCACACUGCUGAAGAACUUGCUGGACUAUGAGUGGGACUUCAUUUAGGCACUAGCCAUCGGUGACUGAGGAUACCAGCCAAAUGCUGCAGUCUCUCACUGUUCAUUCUGUCUUUCUCCUUCUUUUCUCUUUCUCCACUUUCACUGUUCUUGUUCACAUCUACAUGUGCUAAAGACUUGUUCACAAGCUAGACUGUUCUGUUUCACUGUUCUUGAUGCUAUUUUAAUGCAGUGUCAUAAGUUAGUACAGCCUGUCAUUAAGGAUUUUUAUUAUUAUGUACAGUUUCUUUCUUUCUUUUCCAAAUAGGUAAUGGAAUACCUUUUCUUUUUGUAAUAAAAAUUGUUCUGAAUGUCAUUAGCAUUAAAAAGUCUGCUGAGGGUUUUUAUUAAA